GUCAUGUAUAAGCAGGAAGUAAUCCGUGCAGAGCAGGGGUCUAGUGCACGUAUGUGAGAUGAGCCGCAUGAACAAAGUUCCCGAAGGCGUCCUGCUGGAAAUCCUGUCUGCUGUUCCUGCGCCCGAUCUAAUCCACCGCUGCCGACCUGUCUGUACCCUCUGGAGAGAUAUUGUUGACUCACCCGCUUUAUGGAAGACAAAAUGUCAGCAGGACGGAUUUGUAUCAAAUCGCUGCAAACGGAACCCACCGGACUGGAAGAUGUUCUAUUUUCUGCAUCUACGGAAAAGGAAUUUACUAAAAAACCCAAUUGCUGCAGAACAAUUCAAGUACUGGCAUAAAAAUGAAAAUGGAGGACACCAGUGGAAGGUGGAGACCCUCCCAGGAAACCAUGGCCGGCCUUUCCCAGAUGAAAAAGUAAAGGAAUACUUUGUCACCUCUUUUGGGUUGUGUUUGAAGUCUCAGACUAUCAACUUGAAGAAGGAAGGAUAUCCCAAUGAGUUCAUGGAUAUAGUUCAACCCGAUAUAGUCAUCAAGGACUGGUACGCAGCGAGAAAUGACUGUGGGUGCAAGUACCAGAUCCUUGUACAACUGCUGUCACAAGACAAGACUGUAAUGGCGGAGUUUCAGCCGGAGCCUGUUAUUAUAGAGCAGUGGAGUAAUGCAGAGUGGUCCCAGAUUGAACACACGUUCAGAAAAUACGGCCCUGGUGUACGCUACAUAUAUUUUGAACAUGGUGGAAAAGACACCCAGUUUUGGGCUGGAUGGUAUGGUAUACGGGUGACAAACAGCAGCGUGACCAUUGAUCCCGGAGACCUCAGCACAUAAGUCUGUGGACAUCUACUGGAAGCUUCAGUUUCUUCAUCCAGUUCCAGAAAAGAAAUACAGCUUCACUUACCUGAAUCAGACUAAUACGAUACAACUGGCUUAAAGGGAAUCUGUCACCAAAUGUUGAUGUUGAAGAGUUGUCACAUCCUCCAACAGAAUAAGCUUUCAGGCAGCACAGUGCUCAGGGCCCUCCAGUAGUGCCGGACUGGGCUGUCUAGGCCCCACCAUUAAAAUUUAUUUUGGGGGCCCACCAUAUGAAUACAUCAGAAUAUUACCUGCUCACACAACAGCAAGAUACUACAAGAUGAUGGAUUAUGGGGUCCCUGUGGCUACUUUGAGAAGGCAGGUCUAUCAGAAAGGAGGACACUGUCUGUCCUGCCUCUAUACCUGUACAUCAGCUCAGCCACAUUACCAUGUCUGUAAUAAUAAUCUGGGUAGUAGCUUAAAUAUUCUACCUAGUUUUUUUAUGCACUUAGGGGCACAUUUACUAUAGUGUCUGUUUCGGACUGUCUUGAUAUUUCUAGUCUCACUUACCAACUGAUUUUGCGCCUGUUUAGGGGGUAUUUGCUCCUUGUUCGUCUAAUUCUUAUUUUAAGUCUAAUUUUGGAGUUGUCUUUGUUUUGCGCCUUAUUUCCCAUGUAUUUAUCUCUGUACAGCUAAAUUAUGUGCAUAAACAGUCUUAUUUCUUCUUCCCUCCUGACCAGGCUUAUUUUCCCAACAGUUUUGAGGAGGAACUUGCGCAAUUUUUUGAAUUGAAAGAGAUAGAGUUGCUGCUUUUUUUCUAGUCAUUUGAACAAUUUUUUUUAAAAAAAAGCAAAUCAGACAAGUCUUAGGGGGUCAGUUACUAUCAGAAAUACGCCUAUAUUAGGCGUAUUUCUGGUGCAAAUUGUGAUGCAAAGGUUAUUUGCGCUGCAAUCUGCGACUUUUCUCUGCUCACGACAGGUCUAAAAAAGUGGGCGUUGCGUGGGCAGGGAAGGGAAGAGGCCGGUAGGCCCAUCUCAUUCAUCAUUUUCUACGCCAGUUUUUUUUAUUAAGGGAUCAUAAAUUUGAGCCAAGUACGGAAACACUGAACAGUUGGACAUUUGUAUUCAAAGGUUUAGAGAAGGUCACAUUAAGUUCACCUGUAAAGGUUAGAGUGCAUUUUAGGUUCAUCCUGAAAUUUCACCCAAAAGCCAAAUAUCCCAAACUUUUUGUGAGUGGUGUAUUGUGACCAAUUUUUUCCCUAAAAUAUAAUAAAAAUCUGCAGUGAUUAUGAA